AUUUUUCGAAACUUUCCGAAGUGACUCCAUAUUUUUUCGAUAUCGUUGUUGGUUCUUCUAUGAAGACCAUAUUCUAUAACAAAAGUUUACUAAUUCAACAACAAAAUACAUUAAAAAAUAUAAAAAUGUGCAAAAAGAAACAGUUGUUACAAUUGCAAAGCCUGCAUCAAAUAUCAUUAGUUUAAAAGAAUUGGCAGAUGAUACAUGGUUGUGGGAAAAAAGUCAAAAGGAUUAUACUAAAACACUUAAAAAAUGUAAGAUCAAAAAAAUAAAAAAGAAAAAAAUAUUAGCAAAAGAAAAGAUGUUUCAAAUAAUUGAAGCCGAAAUUCCGAAAUCUGUGGAAGAACGAAUAGAAGAAAUAUUGAAAGAAAUUAAAAAGAAAAAAAUGGAAUUUGUAGAAGAAUAUCAAAUCGAUAAACCAAUAUGUUUUAAAAACUAUUGUAUUAGUGAUAGUGAUUUAGAUUAUUAUGAUAAUAUCCAUUUUGUGGAAGCAAGAAAAUAUAUUACCGGUAGAUUGCGAAAAUUAGCAAAAUUUGAUGAUUUAAUGACUGAAUUAGAAACAGAAAUUAUUGAUACUUAUAAACAAUUUCUUAUAAAAUCCAUACAGGAAGAAUAUCCAAUAGUCAUACGAGCACCUGUUCCGUGGCAUCAAUCUAAAGUGAUGGCAAGUCAUUUAAUGUAUUAUAAUUUAUUUAUUGGAAAUGAAAUAUUGAGAAAUGUUCAAAAUUUAUAUUUUAUCAAAUAUUAUGAAUUAACGAUAGUAGAUCUUCAAGAUCUGGGAACUUUUCCUAUUCCAGCAAAUGAAAUAUUACCGAAAAUAAGUUUAUUAUGUGAAAAAACUAUAAAUUAUCUCAUUAAAUAUUGGUUAGCCGAUGUUGCUGAACUUUUUUUAGAAAAAAAAUACGCUUGGUCUUGUUUUUUUGAAAAACAUUACAACGCAUCCACAGUAUUGAUAGAAAAAUAUUUUAGAAGUGUAAAUUCUCUUUUAUCUAAACAAUUACGAAUGAUGAUAAUGAAAACAUUAAAUAAUAUCAGAGAUUUUUUCAUGGAAUAUAAAAGUGGAAAUUAUUUUGAGGGUGAUUACAAAGAUCUUAUGUUUUACAAAAUUCCUUUUAUAACAAUAUCGGUAGUACCAAAACUUGGUAGUUUUUUAUUAAAUUGUAAACCGAGUGUUUUAGAAGUAAUCGUAAUAAUGUCACAUUGUUUUGAUAAAAUUUUAAAAGUUGGAACAUUGAUUCCAAAAAUUGAAUGUAUUUUGUUUCCGGAAUUGGAAAAAAGGGAAUUUUUAUUCUCUGUAUCACGAUAUGAAGAAUCGGUUUUAAAAAUAAUUAAUGACGUGCUAGAUGUUGUUACUGCUCAUAUCAGCGGUCCUGACCUUUAUCUAAAAUGUUAUAAACAUUUAUUAUAUUUAGUUGCUGGUCAUGCUAAAAUAGCUUUGGAUAAUUUUUUUGCGCACGAACCCAUUCCAUUUUUACACGAAUUUGAACAAAAAAUAAAAGGAUAUGAUGAGCUUAGACAAGAAAUUUGUAUUUUUCGAAACAAGAUCCCUUUGAACAUGAUAGAGAUUGACUGUAUCAUCGUGAAUGACACUUUAAGACAAAUUCUUUACGAUCUUCGUAUGCAAAUCUGCGAUUUCUUUGCGAACGAAUUACGAUCGAAUAAUCGGGAAUUGUGUUCCGCUUUUGACGUGAUAGCGGAGAAUAUUUCGCAAAUGCCCGAGAAAACAAGGGAUGUCGUCGAGUUGUACAAUUACUUGUGCGAGAGCCGGGAUACGACAAUGUUCAAUUUGAAGAGAAAAUUAUUACGUUCCAUAGAAUUGAUAUUAUUCCUUUUCGAUUAUCAUCCGCUCACAGAUGAAGAUAUCUAUUUGAAUUCCCGUACUAUCACGUGGCCGAAAGAAAUGGAUAUCGUGAUGGAAUUAGCGAGCACGAGAUUAAACAUGAGGAAGGAUUAUCUGGAGGAAGUGUUGCGCAUAAAGAGGGAUAAUUUUGAUCAGAAAAUACGGGAGAUGCAAUUGGCGAUCGAUCAAUUUAAACGGAAGGAUCCGCCCGUGUUGACCAUAGAUGAAAUGGAAAUCGCGGUCGAAGAGGUCGAACGCCUUUCCCAAGGAAUGGAGGAAAUCAGGAAGGAAGUGGAAGAGAUCAACGAGGAGGAGGGACUAUUGGACAUGGAGUUAAGCCCGUAUUUGGUAAUCCCGAUAAUGUCGAUGUUGGUUAACGCCCUCGAUACGCUUUGGCACAUAGCGUUAAAUUUCCACAAGAAUUACGACAAAUGGUUCUACGGGCCGUUUUUCAACCUCGACGCGGACGAUAUCAAGGACGAAACUGACGCUAUUUGGCGUACGUUGUACAAAUUGAUUCGUAUUCUUGCCGAUAUCCCCGGCGCGCGAAAAAUUGCCGAAAUGGUCCGUGCAAAAGUUGACAAAUUCAAGCAGUUUAUCCCACUUUUGCAAAUCAUAUGCACUCCCGGGUUACAAGAUCGUCAUUGGAAUUUAAUAAGCCAAAUAAUACACGUGGAUAUAAUACUGACACCUGUGAGCAGCCUCUCGGACAUGGUGGACUUGGGCCUGUUGCUUCACAUAGCUAAACUCGAAGAGAUAGCUUCGGCCGCUAUCAAGGAGUACACGCUUCAACAAAGUUUGAAGAAGAUGAAGGAAGAAUGGGCAGAGAUUGAAUUUAAAUUCGUACCGUAUCGCGAAACCGGUGUCUUCAUAUUGACCGCCAUUGAUGAUAUUCAUCAAUUGUUGGACGAUCAUAUUCUGAAAGCUCAAACUAUGAGAAGUUCCCCCUUCAUAAAAGCUUUCGAGGAGGAGAUGCAAAUUUGGGAGAACAAAUUGUUGCUGAUGCAGGACAUCAUCGAUCAAUGGUUAACGUGCCAGGCAACUUGGAUGUACUUGGAGCCUAUAUUCAGCAGCGAGGAUAUCGUGCGCCAAAUGCCGACGGAAUCGAAGAAUUUUCGUAGAAUGGACAAGAUUUGGCGUAAAAUAACGGCGUACGCGUACGAGCACGCUUACGUGCUCAAAGUCACCGACAUGCCCAACAUAUUGCAAGAAUUAAUGUUGUGUAACUCGUUACUGGACGAGAUACAGAAAGGUUUGAACGAGUAUCUCGAGAAGAAACGUUUGUUCUUCCCGAGAUUUUUCUUCCUGUCGAACGACGAACUGUUGGAGAUACUGUCCGAGACCAAGGAUCCACAAAGGGUGCAGCCUCAUUUGAGGAAAUGCUUCGAAGGUAUCAGCAAAUUGCGAUUUACCAAAGAGGAAGAAAUUAUCGGAAUGUUGUCGGCCGAGGACGAAUACGUCCCUCUCAGUGGAAAGAUUUAUCCGGCUGAUGCUAAAGGGAUGGUGGAGAGAUGGUUGUGCCAAGUCGAGGAACUGAUGAAAGCCUCUCUCCGAGAUAUUGCCGAGGAAAGUAUCAUCGCGUAUUUCGAAACCGCCAGAGAGGAGUGGAUAUUCGCUUGGCCGGGGCAAAUCGUCAUCUGUUGCAGCCAGAUACAUUGGACCAGCGAAGUUUGCGAAUCGUUCGAGAAUCGCAACACCGAGGAAUAUUUGGACCAGUGCAAUCAUCAAAUUGAGAAAACUGUUACUAUAGUCAGAGGUAAACUGGACCCUGGCUCCAGGAUAACGAUAAACGCUCUAAUCGUGAUAGACGUUCACGCGCGGGAUGUGGUUCAAUUGCUCAUUGACAAGAGAGUGAUCAACAUUAUGGACUUUGAUUGGAUAUCUCAGUUGAGAUAUUACUGGGUGGAUGAUAACAUUAUCGUUUCGAUGAUCACAACCACGGUGGACUACGCGUUCGAGUAUCUUGGCAAUACAUCGAGGCUCGUCAUAACGCCAUUGACCGACCGGUGUUACAGAACUUUGAUGAGCGCUUUGAAGUUGAAUCUGGGCGGUUCGCCUGAAGGUCCAGCGGGGACCGGUAAAACAGAGACGGCGAAAGAUCUUGCCAAAGCGGUUGCCAAGCAAUGCGUGGUCUUCAAUUGCUCGGAGGGGCUUGAUUUCCAAGCGAUGGGUAAAUUUUUCAAGGGCCUCGCCCAGUCGGGAGCAUGGUCCUGUUUCGAUGAGUUUAACAGGAUAGACUUGGAAGUCCUCUCGGUGAUCGCUCAACAAAUUCUGACCAUUCAGAUGGCUAUAAGCGCAAAAUUGGAGAAAUUUGUGUUCGAAGGUACGGAGUUAAAGCUGAACCCUACCUGUUACGUCAUCAUAACAAUGAAUCCAGGUUACGCAGGCCGCCAAGAAUUGCCUGACAAUUUAAAAGUCCUUUUCCGUACGGUCGCGAUGAUGGUUCCAGAUUACGCCAUGAUAGGGGAGAUCACCCUGUACUCUUUCGGUUUCAUAGACGCGAAAAAUCUUGCGGAGAAGAUAGUUCACACGUACAAGUUAUGCUCCGAACAAUUAAGCUCGCAGAAUCAUUACGAUUACGGGAUGCGAGCCGUGAAAACUGUCUUAAUCGCGGCUGGAAACUUGAAGUUGAAGUACCCGAUACAGAACGAGUCCAUUUUGGUUCUCCAAGCGAUCAUCGACGUCAAUCUGCCGAAAUUCUUGGCGCAAGAUAUCCCGUUGUUCAACGGGAUAUACACGGAUCUGUUUCCGGAUACCAUUCUACCACCUCCUCAUCGCGAGGAAUUGAUAGAAAUAAUCAUAAUCAUCUUGAAGAAGCGUAACCUUCAGGCUACGUCUUGGUACAUGGAGAAAAUACUUCAAAUAUACGAGAUGCUGUUGGUGCGCCACGGGUUGAUGAUCGUGGGCCACACGUUAAGCGGAAAGACGCAGGCGUAUCAAGUUUUGGCCGAGUCGUUGGGCGAAUUGUCGGGCAGGAGGCGCGCCACCAUGAGAGAAUUUCCAACGAUUUACAAGAUAAUUAAUCCGAAAUCCAUCACUUUGGAUCAGCUUUACGGAAGUUUCGAUCCGAUAUCGCACGAGUGGAGCGACGGCGUUCUGGCCAACAUUUUUAGAGAGUUUGCUCAAUCCAUAACGGUGGACAGGAAGUGGAUAGUUUUCGACGGUCCCGUGGACGCUGUAUGGAUCGAAAGUAUGAACACGGUUCUCGACGAUAAUAGGAAACUUUGUCUCAUGUCCGGGGAGAUCAUUCAAAUGUCGCUCAAGAUGAAUAUGAUGUUCGAGCCGGCUGAUUUGGAGCAUGCCUCGCCGGCUACCGUCAGCAGAUGCGGCAUGAUUUACAUGGAGCCAUCCGAGCUUGGUUGGCACGCCCUGUUUAAUUCGUAUAAAACGUAUCUUAGGAACAAGUUACUCAUCGAGCAGUACGAAUUGGUCGUAGAAUUGAUCGAAUGGUUAACCAAGCCAGUUUUGUUUUUUAUACAUUUAUAUUGCAAAAUAUUUGUAGAAGUGUCUGAACUUCAUAUGUUUCUGUCUUUUACAAAACUCUUCACCACAAUGCUGGAUGGGGAAGUACAAGUUAGCACGGUUUGGCUUCAAUGCGUUUUAUUAUUCAGCCUGGUUUGGGGGAUGUGUCCAACAUUAACGAGCGACAGUAGAAAACUUUUCGACGUUUAUUUAAGAAAAUUAUUGCUUGGAAACGACGAGAGACAUCCUAAACCAAAGGCGUUUAAAUUAACGAAACAACAGAUCUUUCCUGACAAAGGAACCGUUUACGAUUGGAUAUACGAUAAAAGAAAUAACGGAACCUGGAUACCGUGGAUGGACACGAUAUUACAGGAGUCUCUGUUACCAGACGUAAAAUCCGAGUUGAUCGUGCCAACGAGCGAGGUGGUGAUCCAAUACUUCUUCAUGAGAAACCUUCUCCACAGAUCGAUACCUAUAUUAUUCGUCGGGCCGACCGGCACCGGGAAAUCCGUGAUAGUAUUAAAUUAUUUGGAAUUUCUGCCCAGAGACAGAUACCUGGAGAACAUUAUAAAUUUGAGCGCUCGUACAACAGCGAAUCAGACUCAGGAGAUAGUGAUGUCGAAGUUGGAUCGUAGAAGGAAAGGUGUGUACGGUCCCCAAAUGGGGAAGAAGUGCGUGUUGUUCGUCGAUGAUCUGAGCAUGCCGAUGAAAGAGAUAUACGGGGCGCAGCCACCUAUCGAGCUCAUCAGACAGUGGAUAGAUCACGGCCAUUGGUACAAUCUGAAGGAUACGACAACGUUGUAUCUGGUGGAUAUGUUUCUGAUUUGCGCCAUGUUGCCGCCUGGAGGCGGUUCGAACGUGGUCACUCCUAGAUUGCUUCGACACAUGCAAAUAAUCGGGAUUGAUUUUUUCGAGGAAGUGACAAUGAACAAGAUAUUCUUCUCGAUUCUCGACUCGCAUUUCUCGAAAGGAUUUUUACCCGAGGUCUCGAGAUUGGGUAGGAUGGUCGUGAGCGCGACGAUGGACAUUUACCUCGGAGCGAUACAAACGUUCCUACCUACGCCGGCAAAGAGCCAUUACACUUUUAAUUUGCGCGAUUUCAGCCGCGUCAUCAAGGGUAUACUCUUGGUGCCGGGCGCCAGAAUAAAGGAUCCGGAUAAAUUGAUUAGACUGUGGGUCCACGAAAUAUACAGGGUUUUCCACGACAGGCUAAUAGACACGGCCGAUCGGGAAAAAUUGUUCUCGAUGGUCCACUUCACUUGUUACGACCAAUUGCGUCAACCGUUGGCGAAAGUGUUGAGCAGACUGUUGCGAAAGGACGAGAAGGAUGUAACAAGCUCUCACAUACAGGAUCUGAUGUUCGGCAAUUACAUAGAUCCCGACGCCGUGCCCAAAGUGUACGACGAGGUGGAAGAUUUGUACGACUUGCAACAAAAAAUGGAAUAUUAUCUAACGGAAUACAACAUGCUCUCGAAAACGCCGAUGCCGUUGGUGUUAUUCAGAUACGCUAUCGAUCACAUUUCUCGAGUAUCACGGAUAUUGCAGCAAGAGAACGGCCACGCCCUUUUGAUAGGAAUAGGCGGAUCGGGGCGAAGUUCUUGCGCCAAAUUGGCCACCUAUAUGAUCGAGUACGUGUUGUACAACAUAGAAAUUACCACCACUUACGAAUUCUCGGAAUGGAGGGAAGACGUGAAGAAUUUGUUGCUGCGCGUGGGUUGCGACGGGAAACCCACCUGUUUCCUUUUCGGCGAUCAUCAGAUCAAGGAUGAAUUGUUCGUCGAAGAUAUAAACAUGAUAUUGAACACGUCCGAUGUGCCAAAUUUGUACGAUACCGAGGAGAAAGCUGAAAUUCUGGACAAAAUGUCGACGAUAAUGCACGCUAUAGGGGGGAGGAAGAUCGAGGUCACCCCCAUGAUCCUUUACAACUUGUUCCUCGAGAGGAUAAAGAAGUGUCUCCACUUGAUCCUAACCAUGUCUCCGAUAGGGGACAAAUUUCGAAAUCGUUUGAGAAUGUUCCCCUCGUUGAUUAAUUGUUGCACCAUCGACUGGUUCACCAUAUGGCCCGAGGACGCCUUGGAAAAGGUGGCGCGUGUCUCGUUACAAAACAUGAAUAUUACCAUGGAUCUACGGGAAAAGUGCGUGAGCAUGUCUCAAAAGUUCCACACGAGUAUCUCGUUGGCCAGCGAGGAUUACUUUAACACUCAAGGCAGAAGGUAUUACGUGACGCCGACCAGUUUCUUGCAGCUUAUCAAAUCGUUUUGCCAGUUGUACGAUCGGAAGAUAGAAGAGAUCACAGCGCAACAAAGGAGAUACGAGAUGGGAUUGGAAAGGUUGGAUUUCGCGGCGAAGGAAAUAGCAUUGAUGAAGGAGGAACUGCAAGCGUUGCAACCGAAAUUGCUGGCCCAGUCGGAAUUGAGCAACCAGCUUAUGAUUAAGAUCGAACAGGACACGAUCAACAUCGAGGCGAGAAAGGAGGUUGUAGCUGCUGAGGAGGCUCUGGCGAACGAGGCUGCGGCCGCUGCUCAAGCUAUAAAAGACGAUUGCGAGAGCGAUCUGGCCGAGGCAACGCCUGCCCUGGAAGCCGCAUUAGCCGCGCUCGACACGUUGAAACCGGCGGAUAUCAGUAUCGUGCGGGCCAUGAAAGCACCGCCUGCUGGCGUACGAUUGGUGAUGGAGGCUAUUUGCGUUUUGAAAGGGGUUAAACCCGAUAGGGUUACCGACCCGGCGACCGGCCGAGUCGUCGAGGACUAUUGGCCGGCUUCCAUAAGGAUAUUGGGCGAUUUGAAGUUCCUCGACAGCUUGAAGAACUUCGACAAGGAUAACAUACCGCCGGCGUACAUGAAAAUAAUACGGGAGAAAUUUAUAAACGACAGAAGCUUUCAACCCGAGGCAAUCAAGAAAGUUUCCACGGCUUGCGAGGGCCUUUGCAAAUGGGUGCGAGCGAUCGAGGUUUACGAUCGUGUGAUCAAGGUGGUGAAGCCGAAGCAAGUGAUGCUGGCAGAGGCAGAGGCCGCUCUCGCCAAACAAAUGGAAGCCCUGAACGCCAAGAGGGCGUUGCUCCUCGAAGUUACUCAGAAAUUGCAGGCGUUGAACGACGAGUUCGUCGAAUGCAUGAAGGAGAAAAAGAAGCUCGAGGAUCAAAUCGACUACUGCAUGAAAAAGUUGGAGAGGGCUGAGAAAUUGUUGGGCGGUUUAAGCGGGGAGAAACAUAGGUGGCAAGAAACGGCUCUUAUGCUGGGCGCUAGCCUGUACAACGUUAUCGGAGACGUGUUGUUAUCGUCAGGCGUAAUCGCUUAUUUCGGUGCUUUCACCAUAGAAUACCGCGACAAAUUAAUCCAGGAAUGGCACAAGUCUUGCGUGCAGAUGAGAAUCCCUUGCAGAGAUAAGUACGAUCUAAUCGAUAUUUUGGGCAAAUCGGUGGAGAUCAGAGCGUGGAUAAUUUUCGGUUUACCGGCCGAUCAUUUCUCCGUGGAGAACGCGAUAAUCGUGAAGAACGCGGAUCGAUGGCCGCUUAUGAUCGAUCCCCAGAACCAGGCGAACAAAUGGGUGAAAAAUAUGGAGAGGGAGAACAAUCUGGUGGUGAUUAAACUGUCCGAUCCGAAUUACGUGAAGAUAGUAGACACGGCUAUACAGAUUGGCAUACCUGUUUUAUUGGAGAAUAUUUUCGAAGAGAUAGACGCGAUAUUGGAACCUGUCCUCCUGAAAAACAUUUAUAAAGAGCGCGGCGUUUUGUACAUAAAAUUUGGCGAACACGUUAUCGAGUACAAUCCUGAUUUUCGAUUCUACAUUACGACGCGUUUAAGAAAUCCGCAUUAUCUGCCAGAAAUAGUGGUGAAGGUCACGUUGUUAAAUUUCAUGAUCACUCCCCAAGGGCUUAAGGAUCAGUUGUUGGGAAUCGUCGUGGCCAGAGAAUUGCCCAUUCUCGAAGAGCGAAAGAAUCAAUUGAUCGUCGAAGAGGCAAAUAACAAACGUAUAUUGGAGGAGAUAGAGAAUAAGAUAUUAGAAGUUUUGUCCAUGUCGGAAGGGAAUAUCCUGGAAGAUGAAACGGCUAUCACGAUCCUGUCUACCUCGAAGAGAUUGGCCGAAGAGAUCGAGGCUAAGCAAAAAAUAGCGGCUAGUACGGCAUUGGAAAUCGAUUUCGCUCGUGGCAAGUAUAAACCCGCUUCCGAGCACGGCUCCGUUUUGUUUUUCUGCAUCUCCGAAUUGGCCAAUAUCGAUCCCAUGUACCAGUACUCUUUACCGUGGUUCAUUCACCUGUACGAAAUGUCGAUAGCCCAAAGCGAGCACAGUGAGGAUCUCGAGAUUCGAAUAAAAAGCUUGAAUACGUAUUUCACGGCUAGUAUAUACAGAAACGUGUGUCGUUCCUUGUUCGAAAAGGAUAAAUUGAUAUUUUCCUUCGUUCUGUGCAUCGGUCUUUUACGGGCCGAUGACAAACUCGAGGAAGAUCUCUGCAUAUUUUUAUUGGCGGGUGACGUGACUCUGGAUAAUCCUUACCCGAAUCCAGAUCCUUCUUGGUUAAGCGAUAAAUCUUGGGCCGAUGUGGUCAGAGCGACGAAUUUGCCCAACGUUGAAAAAUUGAAGGAGUCUUUCGAGACGCAAACGUCGAAAUGGAAACGUUAUUUCGACUCGGUUAAUCCACAAGAGGAGAUUUUGCCACCGCCGUAUCACGAGGAGACCGAGACUUUGAGAAAGUUGGUCAUACUUAAAUGCGUGAGGCCGGAUAAAAUCGUGGUCGCCGUGCGAUUGUUUGUCGCGUAUAACAUGGAUCGCUCUUUCAUAGAACCACCUCCGUUUAAUCUUCAAGCGUGUUACAACGAUUCCACCAACGUGAGCCCCCUCAUUUUUAUCCUCUCCCCUGGAUCCGAUCCAAUGGCGAGUUUGAUCAAAUUCGCAGAAGAUUAUGGGAUAUCAAAAGAGCAUUUAAUGACCAUAUCGUUGGGACAAGGCCAAGGUCCUAUAGCUAUAAACAUGAUAAACAAAGGGAUACAAACGGGGGAGUGGGUAGUUCUUCAAAAUUGUCACUUGGCAAUCUCUUGGAUGAAAGAAUUGGACGCGAUUUGCGACGAAGUUAUUACACCUGAGAAUACGCACGAAAAAUUCCGUUUAUGGUUAACCAGCUAUCCAUCCAAGGAUUUUCCAAUUUCCAUUUUGCAAAAUGCAGUGAAAAUGACCAACGAACCGCCGAAAGGAUUGAAGAGUAAUUUAUUGAGGAGUUAUAUGAACGAUCCAAUAUCGGAUUCAACUUUCUUCAAUCUUUGUACGAAAAUAAGUCAUUGGAGGAGCUUACUUUUCGCUCUAUGCGUCUUUCAUGCGGUUAUUCAAGAAAGGCGUAAUUUCGGACCAUUGGGUUGGAACAUUCCUUACGAAUUCAACGAAUCAGAUCUUCGCAUUAGUAUUUUACAAUUGCAACUAUUUUUGGACGAUUACGAAGAAGUGCCGUUUGACGCACUUCUUUACCUAACCGGUGAAUGCAAUUACGGUGGUCGUGUGACCGAUGAUAAAGAUAGACGUUUGUUAAAUACGUUAUUGCGAGAAUAUUACAACGAGGAAGUUCUUAUCAAUCCACAAUAUUGUUUCUCACCAAGUUGUAUAUACCGUUUACCAGAAAAUACUGAUCAUCACGGAUGUUUAGAUUACAUUCGCAGUCUACCCAUUACUCAACAACCAGAAGUAUUUGGUUUACAUGAAAAUGCAGACAUAACAAAAGACAAUCACGAAUCGUUGCAAUUGCUUAGAGGGGCUUUGUUGACGCAGCCGCAUAUUACAGGCGUCGGGGUUGAAAGGGAUGUCGACGAAAUGGUUUAUAAUUUAUGCGAUGACAUUUCAUCGAAAUUAGAGAUAAAAUUUGAUAUUAUAGCGGUAGCUAGAAAAUAUCCGGUACUCUAUAUAAACAGCAUGAACACGGUUCUGCGUCAGGAACUUAUUAAAUUUAAUCAUCUUGUUGAUACGAUUAAAACAACAUUGGCCGAUGUACAAAAAGCCAUUAAGGGAUUAACUUUGAUGUCCCUUGAAUUGGAGGAAAUUUUUUCGAGUAUGAGCAUCGGUAAAGUGCCGCUUACUUGGAACAAAGUGUCUUAUCCCUCUCUAAAACCGUUAGGAAGUUAUAUCAACGACUUAAUAGAUAGAUUACACUUUUUCCAAAAUUGGAUCGAUUAUGAUGCACCAAUUGUAUUUUGGAUAUCCGGAUUUUUUUUCACGCAAUCUUUUCUUACCGGUGCUUUACAAAAUUAUGCCCGCAGACAUAAAAUUCCAAUUGAUAAAUUAGAUUUUGAAUUUGAAGUAACCGAGUUUGAGACUGAUAUCAACGUUUCACCAUCUUAUGGCGUUUACAUAAAGGGUCUAUAUAUGGAAGGAGCAAGAUGGAAUAGAGAGAUAAAAGAAAUCGACGAGUCCAAACCGAAAGUAAUGUUUGAUCUUCUUCCUAUAAUAUGGUUGAAACCUGGUAUAAAAGCUGAAUUUAUUAUUGAAUUCAUGUAUCAUUGUCCUGUAUAUAAAACAAGUGAAAGGCGUGGUGUUUUAGCUACUACUGGUCAUUCUUCUAACUUUGUACUAUAUAUUUUGCUCCCGACGAAAGUCAAAGAAUCUCAUUGGAUUAAAAGAGGAGUAGCUUGUUUAUGUCAAUUAGACGAUUGAAUUAUCAAAAAAAAAAAAAAAAAA